GUAAUGGUGGUGGAGUUGAAGGAAGAGAAGAAGAAGAAGAAGGAGAGAAAACCGAAAAAUAUGAGGACAGUGUACAGCAAGGAUGGGAAUCUCACAAAUUUACGGUUUUGCCACUGUUCCCAAGUUCGCACCCUCAACCCGAAAUCCUCAUUCCUCGUUUCUCUCAUUCAAGUUCCAAACUUUACCCUCUCCAUCACAACAAAAACUUUUCCCUUUCGAUCUUCCUCCAUUCUCUGCGGAAUCAACCGUCGAUGUGUGAAUAAUAAUUAUCGUCGUUGGGUGAUUCGAGCAUCAAUGGCAUCUUCCACGUCAUCCCCAACACAGAGAGAGCGAUUCUCUGUGCUGUUUGUGUGCCUCGGCAACAUAUGCAGAAGCCCAGCUGCGGAAGGAGUAUUCCAGGACUUGGUUAAGAAAAGGGGUCUCGAUUCAAAGUUCAACAUCGAUUCUUGUGGCACCAUCGAUUAUCACGAGGGGAAUGAAGCGGAUCCGAGAAUGAGGGAAGCAUCAAAGAAGCGUGGGAUUCAGAUAACUUCAAUUUCGAGGCCGAUCAAGCCAUCUGAUUUCGUUGAUUUUGAUCUUAUUCUAGCUAUGGACAUGCAAAACAGAGAGGACAUAUUGGAGUCUUUCAAUAGUUGGAGAGCCAGAUAUAAGUUACCAGAUGAUGCACAUAAAAAGGUUAAGUUGAUGUGCUCCUAUUGUAAGAAGCAUGAUGAAAGUGAAGUCCCGGAUCCUUAUUAUGGUGGACCGCAAGGGUUUGAGAAGGUAUUAGAUUUGCUUGAAGAUGCUUGCGGAUCAUUGCUGGAAAAUAUUUUGGCUGAAAAUGAACAUGUACGACAAUCCUAAUACGUUUUACGUGGUCAAUAGGUCCAGUUUUGGUGAAAAACAUGUUUGUUUUUAUAUCAUUGUCAAAAUUACCAUUUAUUUUGGUGGUUUUAGUUAGUGGCUUUUUUCCUAAACCCCCAAUUUCAAUGAAUGUAAACCCAUUGUCACCCAUAAAAUAUAUACAAUUCUUUUGUUCAUCUUGUGCACCAGAUACUAAAGCUAGCACCGAAUGUUAGCAUUUCUCAAG